GCUAUGUCCGUCAAAGACCCCCCAACGUCGCAAAGUCAGACAGUCGGACUCGGAACAGGUUGAAAAGCCCCGGAGGCUCGUAGCUAUAUUCAAAUACGGCUGGUUGCAGGUUGUGACCGGAUCUGAUACGCAAGCUGGAAGGUCUCAGCGCAGCGUGGGUGCCCAGGGAUCCACUGCCUGAGUGUGGCGACAGCGGCGGCCGAGACCCCAGAGACAUGAACCACACCAAGGGCGGCUUGGUGAUCUUCACCGCCAACUCGCACUCGUCGAGCCGCGAGCUGGGCAAGAGGAUUGCCGAGCGGUUAGGAGUGGAGCUGGGAAAGGUUCAGGUGUACCAGGAAGCAAACAGAGAAACGCGGGUACAGAUCCAGGAAUCGGUGCGAGGCAAAGAUGUCUUCAUCAUCCAGACUGUGUCAAAGGACGUCAACACCACCAUCAUGGAGAUGCUGAUCAUGGUGUACGCCUGCAGGACGUCGUGCGCGCGCAGCAUCACCGGCGUCCUGCCCUACUUCCCCUACAGCAAGCAGUGCAAGAUGAGGAAGAGGGGCUCCAUCGUCUCCAAGCUCAUCGCCUCCAUGGUGUGUAAAGCCGGCCUCACCCAUCUGAUCACUAUGGACCUCCAUCAGAAGGAGAUUCAGGGCUUCUUCAACAUUCCAGUGGACAAUCUGAGAGCGUCUCCGUUUCUGCUUCAGUACAUCCAAGAGGAGAUCCCCGACUACAGAAAUGCUGUAAUUGUUGCGAAAUCUCCGGCCUCUGCUAAAAGGGCUCAGUCGUUCGCCGAGCGGCUGCGUCUCGGCAUCGCGGUGAUCCACGGAGAAGCUCAGGACGCCGAGUCGGACCAGGUGGACGGACGCCACUCUCCCCCCACCGUCAAAACCACCGGAGCCAUUCACCCAAGCAUGGAGAUACCAUUGCUGAUCCCUAAAGAAAAGCCUCCAAUCACAGUGGUGGGAGACGUAGGGGGACGCAUCGCCAUCAUAGUGGAUGACAUCAUCGAUGACGUCGACAGCUUUGUGGCGGCGGCAGAGACGCUGAAGGAGAGAGGCGCCUACAAGAUUUUUGUCAUGGCGACACACGGGCUCCUCUCCUCGGACGCCCCGAGGUUCAUAGAAGAGUCUGCCAUUGACGAGGUGGUGGUGACCAACACCAUCCCCCACGAGCUACAGAAGCUCCAGUGCCCAAAGAUCAAAACGGUAGACAUCAGCAUGAUUCUGUCGGAGGCCAUCCGCCGCAUCCACAACGGAGAGUCCAUGUCUUAUCUGUUCCGCAACAUCGGUGUGGACGACUGAGCCGCGCCGAGUCACACUUUUUACCGUGACUUUCUAUCCCUGUGGGAACGAUCCUUUCCCUCUCGCACUAACACAGCUUCAGAGCCAGAGGUUAAUCUAUUGGUUGAUUUGAGGUCAGGUUCGUGUUUGUGCUGGAAUACAAAACAAAAUCCACUCGUUAUGCUAUAUUUAUGUUUGCUCCUAGCCCAUAAUCCUGCACAACCUAAUUCUAACAGCGACCUUCAAGGUCUUUCUCUGAUGACACAAACUGACGAAUCCAGUUUACAAACUACCCCAACUGACACACAUCUGCUCUUCCUUAAACUAGUCACACCCCUUGAGUUUUUCACAUUUUGUCUUUUUACAAUCACAAACAUCAGUGUGUUUUAUUGGGAUUUUGAUUGAUAGACCUACUAAUUAAAGAAAAAUUUUAUACAUUUUGAUACUUUCUAUCCCCACCACGUGAUGCUUCUGCUGCUACAUUUCACUGUGUGGAUGAUGUGUUCAGGGUAAUGUGUCACGUUCUGGUAUGUCAGGACUGCUUUUGGCAUUUUUCACUUUAAAGUCCACGAUCUACAUGUCUUUUUUCCCCUCUCCUUAUGGGAAUAAUCUGGACUUGCAGUGAAAAAUUGAAGUGUACCUACUAAUAUUUAAUAGAGUGGAACAAAUAAAUUGGCCCCAAUUUCUUUAAUUCUUUAAUUUUAGGUGAUACCUACCACCACAAAGAUCUGAAAACCAGCCACUGUCUCCUUUAUAGCCACCCCACCUUUACCAACUUAGCAACUUUGUUGCUAUAUUUAGCAACUUUUCAAAUUCAUUAUCAUUCAGAAAAUUGCCAUCAGUGCACCCCUAAAUGUUAGACCUCCGAUCUACAUGAGAUCAUCAAAGAUGCAUUCCAGAGGUUUGCUGCAUCUCCAGGAUUGUGAAACGAUUUUUUUUGUGGGCCCACUGUUAAAGCUACAAACUCUCACAGCACACAGAAAAAAAAAACUUUUCUGCUGAAGUUUGAGGUUAUAAUUUGACAGAAUGUGGAAAAGCUUACUCAGUGAUCAGUCUUUAAUAUAUCUAUAGACUACUGUCUAAACAUUUCAUUAUCUUCCUUACAUGCCUUCUACAUUAUUUUUCACUCUAAAAACUAAUUGCUGUCAGAUUUUUUGCAACGAAUGUCUCCCGUUUAGAUCAGUUAGAGGUUGUACUGAGAGGCUCGGUGCCUUCUGCAGGGGUUUGAACACAAGCUUUCGCGGCUUCGCUGCAUUUCUGUUAAUGUCACUGAUUGCUUAUUGAAACUUCUGGAUUAUGCAGGUUGAAGCUAAUUAACCUAUGCUGAGUAUUUUUCAAUAUAAUUGUCUUUUUUUUAUUAUUAUUAUUUUAUUUUCAAGUUUAUUGAUAGUUUACCUCCCAGCUAGCCAUAUAUGUGUAGUUGCCAUAGAGUUAGAUUAUGAUGUGUCAAAUGUUUGUAUUUUUUUUAUUUUUAUUUAACUGGAAUGAAUUGAAACGUUUUCAAAAUUCUAACUGGAAAUCAGAUUUAAUCACCCGUGUAAUGUUUUUUAUUCAUAACUCAUAUGAAUCAUUGUGCCAUCAUUACAGCGCUUCCAUUUAAUGUUGGGUUCUGCCAUAAGUGAGCAACUUUUGUUGGUGAAUCUGAGAAACUUUGUUGUCUUUUAAAUUUGUUUUAUUGUCAUUUUUAGAUUUGAAGGCGAGAAUAAAAUAAUGUUACAUAU